UCCUUUGGGAUGCAGAGAUACGGGCACAAUUUAACUAUGCAUGAUGUCAAUUUCAUCUACAAGACGUCACUUAUCGCAUGACGUCAUAUGAAGGGGUAUAAAUUGUAAGUGUUAGGACUAUUUUUAUUAACCUGAGAAUUAUGAAAUCCAAAGUGAAUCAUCUGGAGAAACUCCUCGGUAAUAUUCCCACAAGGUUUGGUGAAAUUCUAUCCAUGUGCUGUUGAGUUAUUUUAUCAACACAGACACACACACACACACAAAAAAAAUAUAUAUAUAGACUUUAAGUAAAUUACAUUUAUACGUUGACCUCAAUUUGAGAUAUGAUCCUCAGAAUAUCCUAUACAUCAUCUUGUACACUAAAACAGAUAUGCUACAAAGCUAGCUGCAUAAGAACAGCAAACUCUUGGCUGAAUGUAGUGAAGUAAAGAGGCGGAUAUUUCCCUGUGAAUAAUGGAAGUAAAGUAUUAAGUAACAUAUAUAAACCAGUAUAUACAAGCCUAAAUGGAAAUAUGAAUGUUUGGAUAAAGUAAGAACUCUAAGUGCAGCAAGUGGGGGAAAUGAAUUUGUAUCCAUUGGACAGAACACAUUUGUGAGUCAAUGAUCGACUACAAUGACAUAUUUACUCGUGGCUUUAAUGGCUGAUGUUUUUUCCUCUGUGAGCGACAGGGAUCGCUAAAAGACAAGUGAGGACGCAUGAACAUGAAAGUGAAACCGAAAAGCAGACAGGUCUUCAGCACUAAAUCCAGAGGAAGAACUAAGUCAGAGUAACUGCGACAUGAAGUUUAUCACAGACAUCACUAUCAUCAUUGAUGAAGCUGAUUACACAGAGCCUGGAAGAUUAAGGAAGAUUCUUAAAUCUUACAGUGCUGAGAAAGAUGGUUCCUGCUACAGAGUGAGAGGAACCUUUGAGGAACUGGAAUACCUUUCAGUCAGACUAUCAGCAGUGAAACAUUCCAUCAGUUCUGCCACACAUGGUCAGCUAGAUGCUUCAACUCAUAUCCAAUCGAUUGAUGUAUCUGUGGCUGUUAUGACCUACAUUCAGCAAAAAUGCGCAAAAGAACUCAACAAAAUUCAAGGGAACAGUUUUGUCUUUGAAACCCAGCCAGAACAUAGAACAGUGCACAAUAACCCCAGUGGCACAGUGCAGGUGAUUAUAAGACAGCAGGGUGUCUCCGCACACCCUGUUCAUGCUGAUUAUGUCAGACAAAGAUUCAUCACAUUCUACCAGAGAACUGCCUCUGACCUGCAGGUCACUUCUGUCCCUGUGAUUCCACAACAACUGAAAGACCUGCAGAUGAGGUUUCCCAAAAUCCUUUUUAAACCCAGCCACGGAUAUCCAGAUUCAGCUACAGGGCCCUUUCUGCACAUUGCUCAAUUGAAGAAGUUCCUUUCACAAAAUACACAACGUUCAAGCGAGAGUCCAGUGAUCAAAGGUUCAACAGAAACCCCAAGCAGUAGAACCUGGGGUCCUCAGCCUAUACAAGACAAAGAUCCUGAAGAUGAAUUAUGCCCAAUCUGUAUGGAACCAAUAGCGAUUAAGGAGAAGCAAACCCUGCAGUGCAAGCAUUCCUUCUGCAAAGACUGUUUUCAAAAAGCUUAUAAAUAUAAGCCUGUGUGCCCCACAUGUGGAAAGAUAUAUGGUACUUUGACAGGGACACAACCUGAUGGAGGCAUAAUGAAAAUCUACAGAAACAGCUCAUCUUUACCUGGAUAUGAGAAAUAUGGAACAAUUACUAUAGACUAUGAGGUUCCAAGUGGCAUCCAAGAGGAGGAGCAUCCUAAUCCUGGUCAGCCAUUUGAAGGUGUAUUCCGCACGGCCUAUCUCCCAGACUCCUCAGAGGGCAGGAGGAUCCUGGGGCUGUUGAGACGUGCCUUUGACCAGAGACUCAUCUUCACUGUGGGUCGCUCCACCACCACAGGCAGAAACAACAUAGUCACAUGGAAUGAUAUUCACCACAAAACUUCAACACACGGAGGACCAACUUGCUAUGGAUACCCAGAUCCUGACUACCUCAGCCGAGUUGGAGAUGAACUGAAACUCAAGGGAAUUGACUGAGUUUCUUUAUAGAGUUUUUUUAUCACAUGAAUAGACUAACAAGCUCAUGUCAUCUGUUAAAUUACAAUAUUAUCUCUUCAAAGUUAUGUACAAACAUCUCCCAUCUAAAAACCCACAUAUAAAACAAAACAAAAGAUAGAUAGAUAGAUAGAUGGAUACUUUAUUAAUCCCGAGGGAAAUUCAGAUCAUCCAGUAGCUUGUACACUUAACACAUCACUGACAUAUAUACAUAAAUCACAUACGGAGAGCAUAUAUACAGAAAGACUACAUAGAAGGUAUAAUUAAUAUUAUUUUAAUAUCAUUUGAUGUUUCAUAAAUAAGGACAUCUCACAUUUAUCAACCACAGCUUCAGAUUCAAAUUUUCUGUGCUGAUGACAGCCUGGGCCAAUAUGUUUUUCUUUUUUUUCCGUCCGUCCUAUUCUUGUGAACGCGAUAUGUCAAGAAUGUCUUAUGGGAAUUUCUUCAAAUUUGACAUGAAAAUUCACUUGGACUUAAAGGUGACCUGAUAGAUUUUGGUGGUCAAAGGUCAAGGUCACUAUGUCCUCACAAGUAAAUUAGUCGGUGAAAGUUAUAUCUCCGAAACACCUUGAGGGAAUCAUUUCACAUUCGGCACAAACAUUUCCUUAUUUGACUUUGGUGGUCAAAAUUUAAGGGUCACUUGAGCUUACAUUGUUGUCUGUGUCCGAGGGGAAUUCAUUACAUCUGUAACAAUUCACUUAGUCACAGAUGAACUGAUCGAUUUGGGUGGCUGUAGGUCAGGGUGACUGUAACAAAACCAGAUUUGGUCUUGUGAAUGCAACAUCUUAGGAACUUUUUCUUAAAAUUUGGUUAAAACAUUCAUUUGGCCUGAAAGAUUAGAUUUAAUGGUCAUUGUGGCCACAUAAAACAUAUUUUUGGCUUCUUCAACAGGAUAUGUCAAGGUCAUGUCUGACUUAAGGUAAUUUCUUUAUAAUUUGAGCAGUUUCCACUUUGAUUAAAAUAUGAAUUUAUUGGAUUUCAGCAGUCAGAGGUCAUGGUAAUUGGAAAUAAAAAAAUAUUUAGACUGAAAUGCACUGGUGGGCAGAGGCAUACGACCCAUUUUGCAGAUUUCUCUCAUAAUUCCUUAUUCCUUCUUUUUUUUAUCUAUACUGUUUGAUACUAUAGAAAUAUUUGAGAAUGAAUGGCUAAAUCUACUGGUCUGUUUAAGGUAAAACUUUAUAAUGUGUAAGCUGUGUAAUACAUUAAAUAACACAAAGCCACCAUUAUUUUUGUUAUAUGGUAACUUGUGUGUCUAAUGUU